AAAACACAGAACACUGUUGUUCUGAUCCUCCCUGAGAUGUAGUUUCGAUUACUGGAAAACGAAAGUCCAAACGCGAUGAGGCAGUUCAUGAGAUUGUAUCUAUAAAUGCCACGCCUCUGACAUUGUUUAGUCAGCAGGGACAGCAUUUAAAGCUGCGUGUUCAACAACAUCCCAUCAGCAGCAGAACAGCAGCAUCACGAUCAAAAACCAUCCUGACAUUUACAGAACUACAGUUGAGGAAACAGCUGAAUGAUGAGGUGAGUAGCUGAUUCUGGAUUUCAUUGUAAAAGUAAAUCAUAACAUUGGGAUUUAAUUAAGGUUUAAGUAUUGAGUCAUUGGACAAAUAUCAGCUUAUGGAUCCUACAAGUCACUCCGUUCUUUCUUAAUUCUUAAUGUAGUUCCUCGAUUUCUGCCAGGUCAACAGGAAUUUUAAAAUGAUGUAUAUCUUCCUCAUUUAAAAAAAAAUUAGCCUAUUACUGAUUAAUUGAUUUGUGAUGGUGUUUCAGCAGCAAGAGAAAUGCUGAAUCCAUCUGUUUAGUAUUAUUUUAUCCAAUUAACUUUUGUUUGUCCCUUACUUAACACUUCUUGUACUCCUUGUUCUACUCUGUCUCGCUCAAUUCUGCACCUUUAUUCCUAUCCUCUAUCCGAUAUAUAUAUAUAUAUAUAUACACAAGCCCUUGCGUGUGCACACAUGGUUGGCCAAUAUAACAGGUUCUGUUUGUGACAGUGCAGCCAUAAAGGAAGUGGCAUCUUGUGAUUGUAUUUUUUAUUCAGUUUAGCGGUGAAAUUCUAGAGAAAUGAAACAGAAAAUGAACUCAAACCUCAAUCUGCCACUGAGUUACCAGCUAGUAAAUCUUAACAGCGACAAAGAUCCAAAAGUUACGACAAAACCUUGCGUUGAGCAAUUUAUUCAAUGAUCCAAUAUCAUACAGUACAAUGACAACGGUUCUCCUACUUCUUGCCAUUUUUGCCUUUCUUGUGGCCUCCUUUUGUCUUUUCCCUGGUAAAAGUAACAUAUGCCCUUAAAGUCGCACUAAUCCCACCUACACCUGUCUACAAUAUAUACAUAGACACUGUAACUGCCAUCGAAGUCAGAAUAAAUAAAUAAAUAAUAGAUUAAUAAAUAUUAGGUUAAAAAUAUAGAGUUCAUAAAAUACAUACAUUUCUAGUAAUAAUAGUUUAAUAUUAAAAGCAUCAUUUCAUAUAUUUCAUGUAUAUUGUUUGUUUUGAUACGGGAGAAAAGUCUUAAUUACGGGGGGAACCAAAGUUUGCUGCCGCAGGUUGACGGAGUGUUAUGAUGGUCGUUACUUGUUAGUAACAUUCUGGACCAAGCUAGCAGGCAGACACCUCGCGGAUUCCUCUGCCUAAGACCAGCGAUGUUAUAAGGAAGAUUUGAAUAAAGUGCAUAGUGCAAUGAAGGACUGAAGGAAGAUACCUAAUUGUCUCUCAAGGGAAAGCGGCCAAUGAGGUACAUUUGUGUUUUGUUACUGUUAUUUUUGUAAGACUGUAAAGAUGUAAUGUGACGGAUUUCUGUUGAGUCAUGUAACUAUGGUCGCGUUGUGUCUUUGAUGUUUACGUGGGAAUAAUUUGUUUUUAUUUGCAUUUCUGUCUGUAUGGUAACAGUUCUCAUGGCACACUAUCAUGCUCUUCGUGUGAUUAAAGCCAGUAAACUUUAAGAACGACUUGGUUUCGUAACUUCGACUUGAGAGGGAAUUACAGACACCCUGUGCUCAAACCUGCCUUCAAAAAAAAAGCAUACUGUAAACAACUACUAUAUAAACUUACAUAAUGUCAGUAAAUAAAAGGUAUACAUUAACAAUAAACAGAAUAAAUGUUGAACUAUUAAAUAAUAUACAUCAAUGAGUAGCUCCAAUACUCAGUAUGGCUUCUUCUUCUUCAAUAAUAAAGACUUCAACUUUAAGUCAUCUUGAGAGGUAAUAUAAUCAGAACAUACGAUGAGUCAGGUUAAAUAUGUGGCUUUAGUUUCCUUCCUAGGAAACGAAAGUCAAGGUGCAAUAAGGCCAUAGGAUGAAAACAUGUUACAUGGACCUGCCACGCCUCUGACCUUUGCUUUGUCAGCAGUGUGACCAUUUAAAACUGCGUGCUCCUUAGCAUCUCAUCAUUCACAGCUAAGCAGAAGCUACAGGUCACUGACUUUAUAGCAGCAAACCAAAGCCUCAAGACCAAAAACCAUUCUUACAUUUACAGAACUACUGAGUUGAGGAAGCAGACGAAUGAUGAGUUCUGCUCAGAGUCACACACUGGUGUCCAAACUGGAGGCCCUGCAUUGCCACUUCACCUGGGAUCCUGACCUCAGUAAGUCCUUACUUUUUCGUUGUAGGGACAACCUGGAGGACAUUGGCACCCUGAAUGGAAACCCCUGGCUUGGUCACAUUUACAACCUGCGGGGGUUCAUUCAGUUCAAGCUGGGCUUCAAUGAAGAAGCCCAGCAGUUCUUCAACAAAGCUACUGAGUCCUUCAAUAAGAUGAGAAACGCAGAUGAGGGCCCCUGGUUAGUGGUGAACUACGGGAACCUGGCUUGGCUGCACCAUCACCUGGGAGACCAAGCAGAGAGCGAGGCUUACCUGUCUAAGGUCGACGCCCUGAUUAUCAAAUACCAAUCUCCAUCCCAGGAGAAGCUCCACCCGGAGACCUAUGCUGAGAAAGCCUAUACGCUGAUAGCAUUGAAGGGCGACAUGAAACUGGCUACAGAUUACUUCCAGAGAGCCAUCAAGAUCCAGCCGGACAUGCUGGAGUGGAACAGCUGGCAUGUCUUAGCGUCAGUGUAUGCUUCUAAGCACAGCAGCACAGGGCUGGAAGAUGAGAUCUUUGAAAAAAUGAGAAUCGCCAAAGAACAGGAUCCAGAGAACUUGUUUCUCGCUGUUCACUACCUUGAGCAACGUGCUAAGAGAGGAGAAAGAAUAGAAGAUGAAGCACGUGAAUUAGCAAGAGAGGUUUUGAGAAGUCCUGUCAGCAGCUACAGUGGUUUUAAAACAAUGCUUAGGAUUUUCAGAAAAUAUAUAUCUGUUGAUGAGUCCAUUGAUUUGGCGGAGGAGGCUCUGAAGAACCAUCCAGAUGAGCGUUAUCUGAAGAGAUGCGCUGCUCACCGCUAUCAAGGGAGUCUCUUUCUCGAUUACAGUCGCCCAAAGAAAAGCAUGCUAGACAGAGCAGUCAGUCUCCUUCAGGAGGUGACUUCUCUUUACCCUGAUUCCUCACUUAUGAGGAAAAUAGACCUUGCUAAGAUAUACGCACAGUCACAUGAUGGUCAGGCUAAAGCUGAGCAGAUAUAUCAAGAACUGCUAGAAAGUGAUCUGGAACUUUUAGAUAAACAAAUGCUGUACAACAACUAUGCAAAAUAUUUAAAUUUCCAAAAACAGGAUCGCAAAGAGUCAAUACGAUAUCACAUGAAGGCAGCAGCGAUACCGCAACAAUCCUUCUUUUGUGAGAACAGCAUCAAAGUUCUGGAGAAAGUCAGAGACAGAGGAAGGGACAGAAUGUGCAGAGAGAUUAGGGAGUUUCUUACAAACCUGCAAGAGCCAUAGUGCUCUUAACAGCACUUGUUCUAAAUCCAGGAAAAAGUAGGCAUCGCAUUAGCAAAAUAAUGUGUACAUCCUCAUUUAUUUGUUUAGUAAAAAAAUAGAACAUAAAAAAGUUAAAAUAAAUAAAUUGAGAAGAUUUUCACUUUGACAGAACCUUAGAAGCACACACAGUACAGUUUCCCUACAUGUUUCUGAUAAACGAAAGAACUGGCAGUGGCAAACACUACUGUUAAAUAGAAAAAUAUAAUGUAGUGUUCUGUGUUGUAUAGGUUUUUGUUUAAUUAAAUGGUCUGCAAAGUAUAAAAUUCGAAUGCUUUUGCGUUUUUUUUCAAUGCAACACAACUGUAUUAAUCUAUGCUGAUGUGAUUAUAGGAAAGUAAAAGCAUACAUGAAACACCACUUUGGCCUUUAAUAAUAUUAUAUUGUAUUUGUAUAGCACACGAGGUGCUUUAGUUCAUUGGUUUCUUAGCACAUGGGGAGGCAUGGGCAUCUCCAAGAGGAAGUAGCUGGAACUUGUGUAGGACAUGGGUAUUAUCCCCCAUGACGCCAAAGGUACUGACAUGAUGCCCCUAGCAUGAGGCUAAACAUCAGAGGGGUGAUUCAGUGAACUGUGGUUUGAAAGCACUUUAUUUUAUUGAUAAUAAGUGAUAGGAAUCAGCAUUAGAGUAAGAAUACUCUCGAUAAAGAAACUGUAGAAGUUUGGUAAAAAAGUUUUGGGGACAUAGAAAGUUUUUGGGCUCUUGAAUAAGUAGACAUUUGUCAAUUUUCUGUGUUUUGGAAUGCUAACUCUUAUUUUCGUCAGCGUGGAAAAGGAACAAGAAGAGGGAAGUUCUGCCCCCUUGUGGGGAGCCUUUGCUGGUGUAUGGUGUAUCUGCUUAAGACUCAUUUAUCUGUCGAACUAAAUGUACAAAAUAUUAAUUUGUUAAGUCAAAUAUGUCACCAGUUAAGUCACAAAGAAGAAGCAUGUAUGAUAGACUUGUAACUACGGAUGACAAGGACUACAAAAUAAAAGGACAGAAAGGAUCGGAUUGGCCCAGUCAGGGCUGAAUUUUAAAAUAAUGCCUUUUUAUGGGGAAUAUGAUCAUGUAUUGUUUAUUUUAUAUUCUUAUUUAAUAUAUUUAUAUUUCUUAAUGUUACGCUUGUUAUUGUGAUGUGAACUGUAAGAAAUAAUAAUCAAUAUUAUGUGUAAGUACAACACUGUCUUAUUUUGAAAACUGUUUUAUUUUGAAACAGUUUAUUGUGUAACCGGAUGUUGUUUUUAGCCUCAGAUAGCAUGUAGCUAAUAUUGUAUUGUAUAUAUGAGUAGAGGGAGAAGGACGUGUGGAGUUACAUACUAAACACACUGCCUCUACCGCUCACUCAUUGAUGCUGCAAUAAUACUAUUGCGUGUUUUGUUUUUUUUGUCAAUGUAUUUUGAUUGAGGUUUUAAACAUAUACAUAAACAAGCCCUUGAGAGAACACAUAACAAAUUGAGACAAAAAUAACAGCAAAUUAUCAAAUAUAGAUACACACAAUCACACAACAGUACAAACACACAACAAAAAAUAUAUAUAUAUAUAUAAAAAUAUAUUUUUUUAAAAACCAAAAAAAACAUCCACAGUGAUUACCCAAUUACUUCACAUCUCAGUCAGAGCCAAGUGACACCGUCAGCUGUUCUACAUAAGAAAUAAAUGGACGCCAUGCUACAUCAAA